UUUGGAUAAUAUAUGAACAGGUGAUGAUUGCUGCCCUGGACUGCAGUCGAGAUGAUUUGGCAUUGUUUUGUCUUCAGGAACUAAGGCGGCAGUUUCCUGGGAGCCACAGAGUUAAACGAUUAACUGGAAUGCGAUUUGAAGCUAUGGAAAGGUAUGAUGAUGCUAUCCAGUUAUAUGAUAGAAUUUUACAAGAAGAUUCAACUAACACAGCAGCAAGAAAGCGUAAGAUUGCCAUUCGAAAAGCCCAGGGGAAAAAUCUUGAGGCCAUCCGAGAGCUGAAUGAGUAUCUGGAACAAUUUGUUGGAGACCAAGAAGCUUGGCAUGAGCUUGCAGAACUUUACAUCAAUGAACAUGACUAUGCAAAGGCAGCCUUCUGCUUAGAGGAGCUUAUGAUGACUAAUCCACACAACCACUUAUACUGUCAGCAAUAUGCUGAAGUUAAAUACACUCAAGGGGGGCUUGAAAACCUUGAGCUAUCAAGAAAGUAUUUUGCACAAGCACUGAAGCUUAACAACAGAAAUAUGAGAGCUUUGUUUGGACUUUACAUGUCUGCCAGCCAUAUUGCUUCCAAUCCAAAAGCAGGUGCAAAAAUGAAAAAAGAUAAUAUGAAAUAUGCCAGCUGGGCAGCUAACCAAAUAAACAGAGCAUACCAG